CAGCGGCUACCGCCGCUAGGAACUUAUGUGCGCGGCCCAAUUGUGUGGGUGUGCAGUUCCGGGGGGUCCGGAGAGGCGCAAAGGUGAUGUGCAUGGUGGGUGUUAGAGAAGUUGGAGUCGAGUUUGGAACCAAAGCUUGAAGGAAAGAAGCCUUAGCAGAUCCCCCAGGCAAGAGAAACAUCCUCCCUGCACCCAGCCAUUUUCAUCCUGAGAGAUUUUUGAAUGUUUCAAUGAGAUCACUUCUCAUUCUUCUAAACUCUGCCGCCUCCUCUCUGCUUCUACCAUCAUUGCUCAUGCUGAAAGUUAAAGGUUGGCUGAAAUUACUUACACACCAUACAUCAUGGCCACUUCAUCAGAAGAGGUUCUGCUAAUUGUGAAGAAGGUACGGCACAAAAAACAGGAUGGGGCGCUAUACUUGAUGGCAGAGCGUGUAGCCUGGACACCAGAAGGAAAGGAUCGGUUUGUCAUUAGUCAUAUGUAUGCAGAUAUCCGCUGUCAGAAGAUCAGCCCUGAAGGUAAAGCUAAAGUACAGCUUCAGUUGAUCUUGCAUACAGGCGAUACAACGAUCUUCCACUUCACCAAUGAAAACAGUGCUAACGCAGCAGCCAAAGACAGAGAUGCUGCUAAAGACUUGCUCCAACAGUUACUCCCAAAGUUCAAGAAAAAAGCAAACAAGGAACUAGAGGAAAAAAACAGAAUGCUCCAAGAAGACCCAGUUCUCUUUCAGCUCUAUAAAGAUUUAGUUGUGAGCCAGGUAAUCAGUGCUGAAGAAUUCUGGGCCAAUCGUCUGACUGGGAAUUCUACAGAUAACUCUCUGUCCAACAACAAGCAAGAUAUUGGAAUAUCUGCUGCAUUUCUGGCGGACAUCCGACCACAGACUGAUGGCUGUAAUGGUCUCCGGUAUAAUCUGACUUCUGAUAUCAUCGAGUCAAUAUUCAGGACAUAUCCUGCAGUGAAACAAAAAUACAUGGAGAAUGUACCUCACUGUAUGACAGAGAAGGAAUUCUGGACACGCUUCUUUCAGUCUCACUACUUCCACAGAGACAGGAUCAAUGCUGGCUCGAAGGAUCUCUUCUCUGAAUGUGCCAGGAUUGAUGAGAAAGGUUUGAAGACUUUGGUUAAUCAGGGAGUAAGCAACCCUUUGGUAGACUUGACAUCGCUGGAGGACAAAUCACUGGGUGAGGGUUAUGGAUCUUCAUCUGCACAGUUGUCCUCUAAAUCCAAUAAGGAGAGCAGCAACGCUGCAAUAAUCCGUCGCUUCAAUCAUCAUAGCGCCAUGGUGCUGGCAGCCGUCCUCCGUAAACAAGAAAUGCACAAUGAUCAGAAUGGUGAGAACAGCAGCACUGAUGGUAAUUCUCGAGAUUCUGAUUGUUUUCAGCCACCUGUCAAAAAGGUGAAGUUACAGGAAGCCAUAGAAUAUGAAGACCUGGGAGAAAUGAACUCAAAGAAGACUGUUGCACUAAAUUUGAAGAAGGCUGACAGGUAUUUUCAUGGCCCUACACCUGUUCAGUCUCAGCACUAUGCAUCCAGCCAGGAUAUUAUUAACUCAGUCCACUGUAUUCGACAAGAAAUGGCUAACUAUAGCCCCAGACUUACUCAGGUUCUGUCCAGCAGUGUGGCCAGCAGUGCAAUAACUGACCUCUCACCUGGUGGAGUGCUUAUGCAGGGAGGAACAUCACAAGCUAUAAACCAGAUGGUGCCAAGUGAUAUCCAGAUGGAACUCAAACACUUGUAUGUGGCUGUAGCUGAGUUACUGAGGCACUUCUGGUCUUGUUUUCCUGUCAAUACACCAUUCCUUGAGGAGAAGGUUGGGAAGAUGAUGAAUAACCUGGAGAGAUUCCAGAUGACAAAACUAAGGCCAUUUCGGGAGAAACUACAGAAGCUGUACAUCAGUACAAAUUUCACUGGUCAUUUAGAAGAUAUGUUACAGGGAGCCUUCAAUAAGUUCCAUGCCUGGCAAUCAAAACGAAUGCAGAAGAAGACGUGAUGAUAAUUGUAUCAAGAUGUUUGAGAUUAAGAGCUAUUGUUACCUGCAAAGUCCCAGCAGAAGUUGCUACCUGUUCUCUAAACUGCUGUGCUGGACAGGAGCUGGGAGCCCUACAAAAUUGCAGAGACUCAAUGUAAUUUUCAGAGCUGCACACUGGGAGAAAGAAAUGCAAUAAGGUGGACCACUCAGGGUGACUCUCACCAACUGACCAAAACUGGAGGGAGCUACAGGACAAAUACUGUGUGAGACAGCUUGGGAAGGCAGCGCUGCUUCUCUGCACAAAGAAUCUGUCAAAUGAUAACUGAGUAUAUUUAGAAACUCUUUCUAGCCUAAACAUUUUUUCAUUUUUGUGUAAAGUUUUAAACAUGAAUGGCACAAUGUAAAUGUGCAACUUUUUUCAGAACUGUAGCCCUCUGUUUUUGGAUCCUGUUUGUAACUGAGGGAAUGGAAGAUGUGGAUAUUUUAAAUAAAGAAUUAAUGUGAAAUUAUUUUGACCAUUCUCAUUUGUUAAAUAUUAAGAGAAAUGCAAAUUAUACAAGUUUUAUAUUUGCUGGAAUGAUGCAGUCUUUGAAUGAUACUAUGCCCCAUUUAACCUUUCACUCCUAUGUCAUACAUAUAAAUUUGUUCCAUUUUUUGCCUAUCAGUGAUCUUUGAAUUUGGAAGAUACAUCUGAGAAGCAACGAUAAAAAUCUGAGCCAUUUCAGACAAAGCUGAUGUCAUUGAAGAUGGGGAACUGCUGUAUUACACCAUUGUUCAAAACAGAAAGCUGAGGGUAAACUCCAUAACUAUGUACAAGUCUGUUCAACACAUCAUAGAAGAACUUUUAGAAGCCAUAAUCAGGAACAGGAUUAUUGGGAUUGGGUUUAU